AUGGCCAUGACCUUUUUUAUCUCAGCCUGUGAAUACCAGCUGCUCAGACCUUCGUCUCAGAAUGAUGGCUUCAUCAUGAGCCCUGCUUACCCCGAGCUGUACCCCUCCGGACUGUGUUUCAUGUGGGUCUACUAUGGCAGGCCAGGGACUCACAUCAGCAUCAGACUUCUAGAUGUGGAUAUACCCAGCUAUUUGGGCACCUGUAGCAACGAUUUCCUCAUGAUUGGCCCCAUCAAUGAGCACAGUUACUGUGGGAACAUUGACAGAAACGUAGAACCUUACGAAGCCCAGCUGACUAACCUACAGUACUUGCUGUUUGUGGUAUUCAACAGCACCACCGUUGGAACUAAAGGCAGGGGUUUCAAACUCUACUAUCAGUUCAGCAACACUUUAGGCAUCACCACGACGACGACUGCAGCCAGCACCCCCAGCCCGGCCAGAAACACCACAGCAUACGUAUACCCCUGGAGCGACCUGCACAGCCUCAUGAACUGCCAUUUUGUGUUCACCUCCGAGGUCGGGGAGAUUGUCACCAACAGCACAGUCUUCGCCUGCCUGAAGAAAACUGGCAAGGCCAGCUGGCUGCUGUACGACCCUGGCCCCAGCCAGGCGGAGGUCAACUACAAGCUGAUCUUUGAGCAUUGCUAUUUGCCCUACCAGGACAAGCUGAAGAUCUACGAUGGUUACAGAAAUACGGACAGCCUGCUGAGGUAUUUCAACAACCCUUGCCCCAGCUAUCUGGUGUCGACACAGCAUGGGUUUUACAUUGAGUACCUGCGCCUAGGUGCGGAUUGGUUGCCGAGCUUCAGAAUACAGUUUGUUAUGGUGAAAACAGUGCAGGCAGAAACUACAUCCACUUCCCCAAGUUUCUCCAACAUCUCUAAAAACCCCAUACACAAAUUCCCAGACACUUGUGUCUUUCAACUCUCGGAUCACUCAGGGGAAAUAAAGAGCGACGACUUGGUCAGCCCCAUGCGUGGCACUGGCUACUGCACUUGGCUGCUGCAGGCUGCGGCUACUGAGGGGCAUCAGGUUGUUUUCACGCUGACCUUUGAGAGGUUCCGGCUGUCGGACCACAGCUUCUUGAAGGUGUACGAUGGUGGGAAUAUGUCGGCUCCGGCGCUGGGGACCUACACCUCUUCCCUGCCGCCUUUCACUCUGACGUCAUCGCAGGACAGCGUUUUUGUGUAUUACCAGCCGGGGGGCAGCCUGCGUUCUGUGCUGGUGUCGGAUGUCUUCACUAUCAGAUAUAAUACAGCUGUGAAGUGCCCUAUGGGGUAUGAGGCUUGUGGCUAUGGUGAGUUCAGCUGUGUUAGGGAGGAGAACCGCUGUGAUGGCUUGUGGCACUGCCCGUUGCAUGGAGGAGAUGAGAGAGGUUGUGUGGUUGAAUGCCCUACAGACUUCAGCUGUGACUUCAGGAGUUCAAACUGUUACAGUGAAAGUGACAGAUGCAAUGGAAAGGGCACCUGUUCCAACUACAUGGAUGAGCUGGGCUGUGAUGAGGCUAGAUGUUCCCCGGACAAGGGCCUCUUCCUGUGCAAAAAUGGGCGAUGUAUUUACGAGAAGUGGCGUUGUGAUAAAAUGAAUGACUGCUUUGAUAACAGCGAUGAAGAGGACUGCUCCUUCUUGUCCUCACCACGGGUGAUUGUUGCCGCCAUCGUUGGCUCUCUGUCGUGUGCCCUUCUCCUGGUCAUUGCCGCAGGCUGUGUUGUAAAGUGUACCACAUGCGAGUCCACCAGCACCGCGGCGCUGGCAGAGAUGUUCCAUCACCGAGCCCCGCCACCUCCUUACCACGAAGCCAUGCUGACUUCCCGCCCUUUUGACGAGGCGUACUUGGAGCUGCUCGGCCAUACUGAUCAUCCAGAAGCUUCGAGCGUUGCCAGUGACCAGACUGCCAGUUUGGCUCCUCAAAGAGAAAGAAGCCAUAGAAGUAAUUCACAGAGCAAUAGAAGAUACCAGCUCCACCAGCUGACAACAGAGACGGGGCGGCUUGUGGAUAUCGACCCUCUACCUGCGCUUCUAGAAGUGUUAGAGGAUAGCUCACCACCACAAAGCACAUCUUCCUCAGCUCCUUUAACAAACUCACAACCACCACCUUACACCGAAGGAGACCCUUCUCCAACUACAGAGUCUUACUGUACCGACUCGGAAGAUGAAGCUAGCGAAAUUGAAGCUUGGCAUGGCGGUUUUGACAAUUCGGGGUUCGCUGGGGACGAACACGCCCGUUUAAAUGUUGUAGAAGCACUGACCCAGCAGGAUGUUAAUCCGUCGAUGAAUACACGGAUACCUGGGUCUUUAUCUUCAAGUUUGUGUGUGAUCAAUUCUCAUGGGAUUGGAGGCGAUCCACAAAGAAACAGUGACGAUUUGAAUGAAGAAAAUGGAGGGGAUAAGGACGCCACUGAGAAUGCUAGUACAAGUCUUUCAGUUGAGUCACCUGGUGUGACAGGUAGAGAAGACGGCAGUAAAUCACAGACGCCUGUCAGUGACGAUGAUAAUAAUGACGAUGAUGAUGACAGUGAUUCUGACUGCAUCCUUGAUGGUAAUAACAUUGAGGACAGUGAUGGUGACGAUACAGACUCAGACACCGCAUGUAUUCUUGGCCAUACUUGA